AGGGGAGGAGCGAUUUCGAGCGGGCGGGGUCUGAUCUCCCGGAUCCAGAGGAGGCGGAGUUGACUGAGGCAAGAUCGGGUUUCAGGUGUAGGCUUCCCUCACCGAUUAGAAAGAAUUCAAUGAGAGACAAAGUGAUAAGUAAGAAGUGGAUUUUUUUAGAGAGUCACACUCCAUAGACAAACUGCGGUCCAUCUCAAAAGGUGAGAUGGCCUUGGGAGAAACACACUCCACAGAGUGUGGAACAUCUCAGAAGAAAGAAGAUGUCUUGUGCUGAGUAUUCUUUUCAUGUGCCAAGUCUAGAGGAGCUUGUUGAAGUUCUGCAGAAGGGGCUAACGGAUAACUUUGCUGAUGUCCAGGUCUCUGUAGUUGAUUGCCCUAAUUUGACCAAGGAGCCGUUUACCUUUCCCGUAAAAGGUAUCUGUGGGAAAACUAGAAUUACAGAAGUAGGAGGUGUGCCUUACUUAUUGCCUCUUGUAAAUAAAAAAAAAGUUUAUGAUCUAAAUAAAAUCGCAAAAGAAAUCCAGCUUCCUGGAGCUUUUGUUCUUGGAGCAGGAGCAGGCCCAUUUCAGACUCUUGGAUUCAAUUCUGAGUUUAUGCCAGUUGUUCAAACAGAAAGUGAACAUAAACCUCCUGUGAAUGGAAGUUACUUUGCUCAUGUUAACUCUGCAGAUGGAGGGUGCCUACUUGAGAAAUACAGUGAGAAAUAUCAUGAUUUUGGGUUUGCAUUACUGGCUAAUCUUUUUGCCAGUGAAGGCCAACCUGGAAAGGUCAUUGAGGUGAAAGCCAAAAGAAGAACUGGAAAACUUAACUUUGUGACUUGUAUGAGACAAACUCUUGAAAAACAUUAUGGAGAUAAGCCUGUAGGAAUGGGAGGUACUUUCGUGAUUCAGAAGGGAAAAGUGAAGACUCAUGUUAUGCCGGCAGAAUUUUCUUCCUGCCCAUUGAACUCUGAUGAAGACGUGAAUAAAUGGUUACGUUUUUAUGAGAUGAAGGCUCCUUUGGUUUGUCUGCCAGUUUUUAUCUCCAGAGACCCAGGGUUUGAUUUGCGGUUGGAGCACACUCAUUGUUUUAGUCAUCAUGGAGAAGGUGGACACUACCAUUAUGACACCACCCCAGAUAUAGUGGAGUAUCUUGGAUACUUCCUACCUGCAGAGUUUCUCUAUCGCAUUGAUCAACCAACAGAGACCCAUUCAUUUGGGCGAGAUUAAAUCAACUGAUAACUCAUUUGACUGAUUAACUCAUUAAUUGAUACUAAUAUAAAGCCUAAUAGAAAUGAUCUCACUACUUAAUAAGCCCUAUUUUUUUCGGCCUUUGAAAUGAAAGGUAUGUCAACACUGUGCUCUGUAUUACUUCACAGAUCUAUCUGAAAGGGAUUAUUGGGAACAAAGGCACAUGAUGGAAAUGUUCUUCAGUCUUAUGUUUAUAAUUAAAUAUAAACAGGAUUAAGAAUCAAGUGAUGAUUCCUACUAGCUAAUGGCAAUAAUUUACAUGUGUAUAUUCAGUUUUUCAAGUUAGUUUUACAACUGCUAAGUGGAUGUUUCUGGGUAUUAGAAAAAUCAGUGCUGGAAAUGUUGACAGUUGUUAAAUCUUUCUACUGAAUUUUUAAAAUCCAUUUUAGAAGUCAAAGUACACUUUUUUCAUGGAAUAAGGUGGUCAGAGGGAGCAACUUUACUCCUUUUGGUGAUGUUGAACCAUACUCCGAAGUUUGCAAUUUGCCUUUAACAAAUAUUAGCAACCGGACGGUUAGCCAUGAUUCCUCCUUUGUUUGGACUGUCAAUUGGAAGCAGUUUGUGCCUUGUUGGUUAUUUGCAAGAAGAGAAGUGAAAAGAAACAGCAUCAAAAUACAACCUCGAAGUGAGUAUACUUUAAUUUAUAAAUGAGGCUAUUGCUAAAUAUGACUACUAUCCUUCAUGCAAUAUAAAAUUAUACCUUUACCAACUGUAAUGAUUGAAAUUUUCCUCAGUGUUUUUCUAUAAUGAUCAUGAGCCAAAAACAACUCUCUAAUCUUGUAAUGCCAACACUGAUUUAGGAGCUUUUUAGUACUAAGCAUAUAAUAAAUUGUCAAGAAAUAUUUUUUGUCUUUGGAUGUUAACUAUAACAUGUCCUGUGAGUAUAAAUUCCUAAAUAUUAUUUUUUAAUAAACACUAGUUUGUACCAAAAGAAAUGAAUAAAAAUUUUACAUUCAUAA